GUCAAAAUCAAAUCCGAUUGCUUGAGCUACAAUCCAACCCCAAUUUCAAUAUUUUAACAUUUAUUAGUAUUUUUACAGAAAAAUAGCAACAAUAAAAUAAAAAAAAGGUUUAGAAUAAAAUGCCCAGAAAAAUUGCUGCUUGAAGCCGCCGCGAACAAAAUCUCUCAACAAUCUUCCAGUUUCGCCCGUUAGUGGGAGUGUCGGAGUUUUCCCACCGUCGCAACUUCCGCCGGAGAUGGCCGCAAUUUGGAGUUAGGGUUUGUACUUGUUUAUUUAAAUUACAGAAAUCUCUAAUGCGCUUCUCUCCAGAAUUGGAGCAUAUGUCUUCAGCUAUAUUAUCCCUCUGCAAAACUAUCAGGGAUUUCAACCAAGUCCACACCCACAUCAUUCGCGGAUGCUGUGAUCAAGACCAUUUCUUGAUUACCCACUUCAUUUCCAUCUGCGCCGCCGUUCUGCCCUCCAAUCUCUCAUACCCCACCGCCGUUUUCGACUGCGUUACCCGCCCAAAUAUUUAUCUAUGGAACGUUUUGAUGAAAUCUUACUGCCAUAACUCUUCUCUGAACGAAUGCUUCUCGUUUUUCAAAAGGAUGAAGAGGGGGUUGGAUGUGGUUCCUGAUAAGUACACCUUCCCUUCUGUGAUUAAGGCUUGUUCCUACGUUUCGGCUCUGGAGGAGGGCAGGGUUCUUCACGGGGUGACGGUGAGGUGUGGCACUGAUGGGGAUGUGUUCGUGGGGUCUAGUUUGAUCGAUUUUUAUGGCAAGUGUGGGCAGAUUGACUGCGCGCGUAAGGUGUUCGAUGGAAUGUCUGUGAGGAAUGAGGUUUCUUGGACAGCCAUGAUGGUGGGGUACCUGAGUUUUGGGGAUAUGGCCGCCGCGAAAUCUUUGUUCGAUGAAAUGCCUCAGAGGAAUACAGCGACGUGGAAUGCGAUGAUCAAGGGGUUGGUGAAGUCGGGCGAUUUGAAUUGUGAAAGAAACCUGUUCGACGAAAUGCCUGUUAGAAACGAGGUUUCGUUUACCACCCUGAUCGACGGGUAUGCCAAGGGAGGUGACAUGGCAGCUGCGAGAUCCUUGUUCGAUCAGUUGACUCACAAGGAUUUGUUUUCAUGGUCUGCUUUAAUGUCGGGGUAUGUACAAAACGGGAAGCCAUGUGAGGCAGUCAAAGCUUUUUCCGAAAUGCAGGAUUCAAAUUUGAAGCCAGAUGAAUUCAUAAUGGUGAAUUUGAUGUCUGCCUGUUCUCAAUUAGGGUGUUCCGAGCUAGCAAAAUGGAUCGAUUCCUACAUGAAAAACGGAUCCUUUGACCUAAGGCGCGCCCACGUGGCUGCAGCUCUCGUUGACAUGAACGCAAAGUGUGGCAACAUGGAGCGAGCAGCUUCACUGUUCGAAGAAAUGUCUAAACAAGAUUUGAUUUCGUAUUGCUCCACAAUCCAGGGCUUAUGCAUCCACGGGUUCGGUUCCCAAGCCGUUCACCUCUUCGAUAGGAUGAUAAAUGAAGGGAUAAGGCCUGAUGACGUGGCAUUCACCGUUAUCUUGUCAGCAUGCACUCACGUUGGACUCGUUGAUGAUGGGUGCCGUUUCAUCGAAUUGAUGGUUAAUAGCUACUCAAUCAAUCCAACUCCAGAUCAUUAUGCGUGUAUGAUCAACCUUCUUGGAAAAUCGGGAAAGCUUGAAUCUGCUUACGAGCUUAUACGGUCAAUGCCUGUGGAAUCACAUGCUAGUGCUUGGGGUGCUCUUAUCGAGGCUUGUAGGGUCAACUGUGAUGUUGACUUGGGUGAGGUUGUGGCGAGCAGACUCUUUGAACUCGAGCCUCAUAAUGCCGGUAAUUAUGUACUGUUGUCGAAUAUUUACGCCGAAGCUGAUAGAAGGAGUAACGUGUUUAAUGUGAGGGAUAAAAUGAGUAAGAGUGGAGUUAGAAAAGUACCCGGGUGCACUUAUGUAGAGUCAACUAUGGCCGCUUGAUUCUUGAUUUUUUGCCCCACAGUCGAACACGUGCUUCAUAUGCAAAGAAGGUGUUCGGUGCAGUUCUAAAAUCGAUGCUUCUUCGUUAGUGGGGCCCACUUUUGAAGCCGCAACGCUACAUUUUGAGCAGAGUACAUCAGUAAAUAAACAAUGCCAUUUUCCCCUCACAGUGGUGGAGCUAAGGGUAAUGAGGGCCUCCCCCCUCCCCCCAAGUGAACUUUUUGUGUAUAUUUUAGCCAAAUGAAGGAAAAAUCCUGGUUAUGCAGCGUUCUACGGUGGAGUGGAAUUAUCGGAACUAAUGUGAAUAAUACCUAAUUGCGUUUUCUUUUUAAAAAGUUUGCAAUAUUUUGUUGACCUCGGGGAUUGUGAUCGUAGUGUUUUAUUAACGGUGAAGUGUAGCAUUUAAGUUUUUUAAAAUGUAGGUAGUGGUAAUAGAUUUACGAGCUGUUGUUUAUACUUGUUAUUUGUAGCUUCGGGAAUGCGUGUUCUUCACUAAGUUGUACAGGAAAUAUAUUUGAUUUUGUUGAAUUGCGGAUUGGUACAUCAAAUUAAAUUAAUGGAUAUGA